GGAGGUGUGGGGGAGGGGGAACUGCCAUCUGCGCCUUCUUCCCUGGGCUUCCUACGUGGUGCACACAGCCCCACUGCCCUUGUUCUGGCCUGUGGUCUUUUGUGUGCGCACUGCGCUGGGUGGUGUGGGGAGAGCCACUGCCCUUUGCCCGUCCCCUUGCCAGGCUCUGAGCACCAGGCGUACUGGGCUCUGGCAGAGCCGGCACUGGCAUUUCCCUGGGGCUGGAUGUCUGGAGCCCACUGUGGAAGCCACGCCUUAGACUCUUUGUCCCUGCCAGCCUGGCUAUUGCAGGGGAGGGAGUGGAAGAAGAUUGGUGCCCAAAGUCUCCAGCCUCUGAGCACCCCCACAGGUACAGAGAGCUUGCGUCCACAACCACGUGGCACCCUCAUGUGUUCACAGUGAGCUCUGAAACCCUUGGGGUGCCUGUGGUCAUUAGGGUUUCCCUCUGUCUUUGCAAGUGGAGGCAGGUGUGGUGCUGGGGAGAGUAUUUCUGUCCUGGGAAGAGAGGGCAGGGUGGGUCCCCAUGGGAGGCAGGGCUCGCUGCCCUGGGAGGGGCAGGAGACUCUGGUGGUGAUGAGGCAAAGGGCAGCUGAGCUAUUUACAGAGACCCUGAACUGUGUGGGGCAGAGCUGCCUGUGGUUCCCUCCUGCUUAGCGGCUGGCAGCCAUGAGUCAGUGAAGAUAGUUCCUGUCUCCACUGGUCUCCUGCCCUGUGGAAUCCUGUGGGGCCAGACUAGGCACAGGUGGCCACCUGAACACCACCUGCUUUCCCUAGCCCUGGACUCAGUGCCCUCCCCUGCUGAGCCAUUCUCUGAGGCUCUGGCAAGGGUGCAGGUGGAGGUGGAUACUGUUUCCUGUGGGGAGCUAGGCUUGGCGCUGAGGCGGCUCUGGGCACCGCUGGCCACUGUCCUUGUCUUCCCUUGUGUUUCCCUCCUCCCCUGGGGUCCAUCGGGCUGCCCUGCCCUUGCUCUCCCCACUGAGAAUGAGGUUGCCCUGGUACUUGGCACGGGCUGCUGCUCAGUGGGGGUGUGGAGUUUGGUCAGGAGGAGCCAGCCCUUGGAGCCCACGUGCACUCUGUCGUGCCAGUGGGCUUGUAGGGCUCCUGCGGAGCCCAGCGCAUUUGUGUGCUUAUUACUUAAUGACCUCAGUCAGUGUCUGUGCCAGUUGGUCUGGCAAGGCCAGCUGGCCAUCUUUCCCAGGUGCAGGAAGGACGGUGUUGUCCUUCCUUGAAAGGACAUAGGGCCCAGCUGGUGUCAGGGGCUUGGCCAGGCCACCUUCCCUGCUGGCACCUGGAGGCCCAGGCUAGAGAGGUGCUCAGUGCCGGCCCAAAGGUGGAGCCCUUGGGUUUGGGUGGGCAUCGGUGAGGAGCAGGUGUGGGCAGGCGGCAGGCAGGCUGUGGAGUCUGCGAAGCAGCACAACUUCUAGAAAAUGCUGAAGCUUAGGCAGCCCCUCAGGUUGUCUGUGCAGCCUGCCACCGCAGAGCAGAGGCUUGCAGAUGUGAUAGUUAGAUUUGGGCCACACAGUGUUUUAAACAGGAGCCUUCAUUUAGCUUUGGAGAUUUCACAUGGAAGUCUAGAUUUCCAGCUUGUCUUGAGAGCUGGGGAGAUUGGCCCUGUGGGGCUGUGCACCAGGCAGGAGUGGUCAGCUCACCGAGGGAGCUCCUGCUCCCUGGAUUUUAUAACCACCUAUUGGUCAUUUUUGGGUUCCCUGCUGGUCCCUGUGGGUGUGUGAUCAAUUUCCUUUAGUGUGAGACAGCAGCCUGGGCUGUGAGGUCAAGUGCAAAUCCCAGUCUCUCUCCUUGGCGCCUUCCUGUCCUGGCCUCCGUCUUCUCAUGAGCACGAGUGGGGCGCGAGGGCAGCUCGAGCCCUGGCGAGGUGGUGCGCGUGGGCAGGGCGCGGGGACAUGGGGCCUGACAUGGAGCUGCCCAGCCACUCGAAGCAGCUCCUGCUGCAGCUGAACCAGCAGAGGACCAAGGGCUUCCUGUGUGACGUCAUCAUCAUGGUGGAAAACUCCAUCUUCCGGGCCCACAAGAACGUCCUGGCCGCCAGCAGCAUCUACUUCAAGUCCCUGGUCCUGCAUGACAACCUCAUCAACCUGGAUACAGACAUGGUCAGCUCCACGGUGUUCCAGCAGAUCCUGGACUUCAUCUACACGGGCAAGCUGCUGCCCAGCGACCAGCCGACCGAGCCCAACUUCAGCACCCUCCUCACUGCUGCCAGCUACCUCCAGCUGCCCGAGUUGGCAGCCCUCUGCCGCCGCAAACUCAAGCGGGCCGGUAAGCCCUUCGGCUCUGGGCGGGUCGGGGCCGCUGGCAUGGGGCGGCCUCCCCGCAGCCAGCGGCUAUCCACGGCCUCUGUCAUCCAGGCUCGGUAUCCCAGGCUCGUGGACGGGCGCAAGGGGGCCCACGCCUCCCAGGAGCUCCCCCAGGCCAAAGGUUCAGAUGAGGAGUUCUUCCUGGGUGGCUCUAACCAGGAGAGCAUGCACGGCCUGGGCCUGGCUGUCUGCCCAGCUGGCGGGGAAGCAGGCCUCGGGGGCUGCAGCAGCAGCACUAACGGGAGCAGUGGGGGCUGUGAGCAGGAGCUGGGCCUGGACCUGUCCAAGAAAAGCCCACCUCUGCCUCCCGCCACCCCUGGGCCCCACCUCACCCCUGAUGACCUGGCCCAGCUGAGCGACAGUCAGCACAGCUCGCCCCCCUCAGCCUCUGCCCCUCCCGCUGCCAACAGUGCCUCUUAUGCCGAGCUGGGGGGCACCCCCGAUGAGCCCGUGGAUCUGGAGGGGGCUGAGGACAGCCACCUCAGCCUGCCGGAGGGUCCUGGUGGGCAGCCUCGGAAGAGUCUCUGGCACUCGGCCCCCAAGAAGGAGUGGAGCAAGAAGGAGCCUGCGGCUGGCUCCCCCUUUGAGAGGAGAGAAGCGGGGCCCAUGGGCCCCUGCCCAGGGGAGGAGGGUGAGGGGCUCGGGGACAGGGUUCCCAAUGGCAUCCUGGCCAGCGGGGGUGGCCCCAGUGGGCCCUAUGGGGAGCCCCCAUACCCCUGCAAGGAGGAGGAGGAGAACGGCAAGGAUGGCAGCGAGGACAGUGGGCAGAGCGGGAACGAGGGAGGCAGCGGCCAUGCUGGCGCCCACUACCUCUUCUGGCAGGAGGGCUACGAGACAGUGCCCUACGGGGACAACCUGUAUGUCUGCAUCCCCUGCGCCAAGGGCUUCCCUAGCUCUGAGCAGCUCAACGCGCACGUGGAGACGCACACGGAGGAGGAGCUGUUCAUCAAGGAGGAGGGCGCCUACGAGACUGGCAGCGGGGGUGCCGAGGAGGAGGCGGAGGACCUGUCGGCACCCAGCGCGGCCGAGCCCCGGCCCUUCAAGUGCUCGGUCUGCGAGAAGACCUACAAGGACCCGGCCACGAUGCGGCAGCACGAGAAGACACACUGGCUGAUGCGGCCCUUCCCCUGCAACAUCUGCGGCAAGAUGUUCACGCAGCGAGGCACCAUGACGCGCCACAUGCGGAGCCACCUGGACCUGAAGCCCUUCGCCUGCGACGAGUGCGGCAUGCGCUUCACACGACAGUACCGCCUCACCGAGCACAUGCGUGUGCACUCGGGCGAGAAGCCCUAUGAGUGCCACCUCUGCGGGGGCAAGUUCACCCAGCAGCGCAACCUCAUCAGCCACCUGCGCAUGCAUACCUCCCCCUCCUAGAAGCCAAAGACCCGCGGCGCCCUCUGCAGACUCGUCCUCGGGAGCCCACGCACGGAGGCGCACGGAGGCGUGGCGCCAGGGGCCAGAUGCCUGGGGCCAGCAGGGGCUUGCGGCCGCCCCUGUGGCCCGGCCUGCCCACACCCAGAGCUUUAAUCGACAGUCUGUACCAAGUGAAGCCAAGAGGAGGGAAGCCAGCGGCCCGGCCGACUACCUCCCCAUCCCACCCAGGGCCCCACCCCCUCGAGGGCAGCCGCAGGGCCCGGGGCGUGGGUCAUGUGGGUCUCUGGGACCUGGUCCCUUUGCUGCAGGCCGGCUUGGAGAAGGCGUAGCGGGGCCGUCCGAGCUAGCUAGGGGCAGGGCUGCCCAUGGCCGGGGCAGUGUCUGUGUGCGUGUGCGUGUGUUGUGUCUGUGUGCGGGCGUGUGUGACCCUGGCUUUGCGGGGAGCAGGUGCUGGGGGGCAAAUCCUGCCCCCCUUGAGCCAGGGUGGCGCUGCUCACUGGCGCUGGGACAGUCAGGGUGACCCCACCGCCUACCUCUCUACAACUAAAGAGCCCUCCGGGCCUGUGUUGCUGUUAUUCCUACUGAUCUGUUCCUUUCUUUUAUUUUUGAUUUUUGUUUUUAAACCAAAACAAACAAUAGUUUAUUUUCUUUCCGGCUCCCCUGGGGCUGAGCCUGGGUCUGCAGACUGAAUGUAGCGGGGGCGCCGUGCCUCCUGCCGGUCCUGGUGCCGCGGGGCACCCGGGAACUGCCUCUCCAGGCCCAGAGGCCCCUCUUGCCCAAAGGCCUCCCCGGUCCCCAGCCCUGCCUUGGCGCCUCAGGAGAAAGAGUGCUUUUCCUGUAGUUUCCAAGGAAUAUUCUUUGUUUAGAGGUACUUGUUUUUUAUUAAGAGAAAAGCCAGUGCAACGUUUCUGUGACUGUGGGGGAGGCUGGCUCGGGCCCAGGGCCGAGGGUGCUGCCGGUUCCUUUCCGCGCGCGCACGCGCCGAGCGCACGGACAGAUGUCUCGCUUCCCUCCUUCCUCACCCAACAAGGUGGAGAGACGCCUGACCUUUUUGCUACCUCUUGAAUUCGUGACAACAAUACAUUGGUGACUGGCAGGUUUCCUCCCGUCCGCCUGCCCAGGAAGCCGGGCAGGGAGCGGGCCGGGCUCGGGCUGGCCCGGGUGGCCCCAGCACCCUGACGGGCUCCUGCAGCUCACAUGGCCGCUUUCCCUGUGAGCGUCUGGGCACAGGUGAGGGGGGUGAGCCCCCGACGGGCAAGGUGCCAGGCAUUGAGGACAGGGAGGGGGCAGCUGUUUGUUGCUCCCUGCCAGAGCCAGGAUGAGGCGGAAGUGAGCCCCCCCCAUCCUGCCCACCCCCCCAUGCCUGCAAGAGGUUGAGCUUGGGAGGGCAUCAGCCCCAGCCUGGCCAGUGAGAGGUGGGGAAGAGCCACCCAGGGCCACAUACCAUCUGGCGAACAGGGUUGGCACCUCUCUGAGCAGUCCUGACCUUUGCCCAGUCUGGCGAGAGGCUGGGCACCCCCUGUGGGCUCAGGGUCCCAGCCCUCGCGCCUCGCCUUGCACUCUCAGCCAGCCUCUCUCACCUCUGUGGGCCCUGAUCCAGGCUCACCAGGCCAGACCCAAGUUGCCGUGCUCGGUCCUGCUGUUCUUGGCCAACUGGAGCCCCAGGGCUGGGCCAGCAGGCUGUGUCCUCUUCAUUUUGCUUCAUGUUUUGUUUUGUUUUUCAUUCUAUUUUAAGUUUAGACCAAAAAAUUCCAGAGUCAUCCCCUAAGAGACCCCUCCAAAAGACCCUCCAGCUGAAAACAGAGCCUGAGUUCAGGGACUCGAGUGGUGAGCGGCGUGUUUUGGGAGGGAGCUCAGGCCACACUAGGGCUCCUGGCUGAGCCCCCCCAUGUGGUGACCCCAGCCCCGAGGUGGCCCCUCUUCCCUUUUGGUAGGAAACGGAGAGCUGGACCCUGGGUCUUGAGUUCCAGCAAGUCAGGCUGGCAACCUGGUGGAGGACACCCCGGGGCUGCACCCCCUCAGUGAGGGGGCAGGGUGCUCCAGGCCCCUGCUGUCCUGACCCCACCCCACUCCGUCAGCACUUAAGCCCACGACACAAAGUCUGUACCGCACGGGAACUGUACACACACCUGGCUGCAUGCGUGGCCUCCCGGCCAUGGGCAGCUGCAUCCGUAAGGUGACUUGUGAAAGUAGGUGAUUCCUUUGCAGAACUUCAGGGACUGGGAGCAAAGGCCCCCUCAUUCAGCGACGUCUGUGCGACAUAGUAUUGUACCCACCUUAGUAUUGUAUCGAGCCUUUUCUGUAUUUUAAUGAGAAAGCAAAACACUAGUUUCUUAUUUAAGAUUUUAAGGGUUUGUGGGGUGGGGUAGGGUUAACACAACACUUCGUUUUGUUUUCUUUUCCUUUGAUUCCAUGUCAAGCGUGUGCUUGCGAGUGUGUGUGUGUGAUGUUAAGAGCCUCACGAGAAAAUUGGGCCCUCAGAGUCCAAGGCGGCUUACAGUUCUCUGCUUUAGUCACUUAAUUCCUGAAUGUUUCGGAGAAACAGGAAACAGAAAAUAGCAGAUGUCAUGUAGGAAAGAGGAUAAACAAAGAAAGAAAAAGAAAAAAAAGCUCAUACCCAAAUUCACAAAACCUAUUUUUUAAACCAAAGCACAUUUUGAAUGAGUAUGGAACCUCAGUGGGCUCAGAAAAAGAUACUAAUAUAUUUAUCUCAUUGUUUACAUAAACUUUUACAGUCUCAGACCUCAGCAGCUGUGAGGCCAGUUCCAGGGAAGCCUCGCCUUCCGCCGGGCGCCCUUCCCCGCCACCCUGGAGCGGCUCUCGGCAGAGGCAGCCCUGGGGGCCAGGAAGGGGCUGGAAGCCUCCCUGGGUUCACCUGAGCCCUUGUCCCCAUUCCCAGGGCCUCUCCAAGCCCAGCUGGCACCAAAGAGCGUGGGCCUGUGCUGACCAGCCACCAAGGCCUCCUGGCCGGACCGUGGAAGUCCUGGCCAGCUGGCGUUCCGGAGGUGGCCGUCAGUUCUGGCCACAGGACCUGAGUCUGGGCUUGGGUCCCCUGCUGCUCUGCCCAUGACCCUCGGGGUGGGUUGAUGUGAGGGUCCCACUCAAGCCAAAAAGCCGGGACCUUUGCACAGCUCAGGCAACUCUGGUGGGUCCCCACCCCCAGGGGACCCCCCAUCCCAGACCCCACCCCAGGCAGCGGAAGGGGCUGACUGGGCCUGGUUCUUACCAACUCAGACGGUGCAAACACUCUUAACAGUGUUGUUUUUGUAUCAAUACGUUUGUGCAGUGAUGAAUGUAUUUAUUUCUCAGACUUGGGGCGGGCGAGCGAGCGGCAGGCCGGGCUCCGCCACCGCACGCUCCCACCCGACCGAGCCCUGGCAAGGGCUCCUCCAGGAUUGCAAAAAAGGAAAAAAGAAAAGAACAUUUAAACAAAUAAGAAUCUCAGAGACUCACAGCAUAGCCAUACACCUCAGCCUGUGAAAGGAACAAUCCAGACCCACGCUGACCUCCCCGGCCUCACACAGCCGUGUGUGUUUCCCGUUCAUCACCACUUGGGGGCGCCGGGGUACCCGCCUGCUCCCCCACCUGUCAGUAUUCACUGGUCCCCCGCAGUGCAGGAGUGCAAUCCAGGCUGGGCUGUGGGCAGGCAGACCCCACCUGCCCCCGCCCCACCCUGGGUGGGGUGGGGCCUGGGCAGCCUUGGGGCAGGGCUCAGGGAGUCGGGGCUGCAUCCGUCCAGCCCCCAGCCUUGGGGGACAAAAGCCAAAGGUGCCAGGCCUUAGAAGAGUAGACAAGGGCUCUCUCUGCCAUGCCAUGCCCCCCAAAGGGACCAGGGUCCCCCUAUUCCCCAGAAUCAUGUUGGGGAGAACUUGACCUGUGAAAAAGAUGCCGGCAGUUAGGGGAUGGGGGAACUUAACUGGAGCCUCAGUCUGACAUUCCAAGCUGGGGGUGGGUGUGUGGGAAUUGAGGCCACCCUGACCCCCUUCCUCGGAAGCCCCAGCUUCAGUUAUCCCACUUUGAUUUUAUACUGGGAACCCCUCCCCCUACCUCACCUUGUUAUUUAUUGCUGUAAUUCACUGACCUCAAAAAUGCUGCAUAACAGACCUCACUUGGGGCAGGGAGGAUCCCCAGGGCUCCCCCCUCCACUUGGCGGGACCCCGUGGGGCCAGGUGCUGAAGGGAACCUCUCUGUCCCCAACCCACACUUGCUUCUCCCGCUCCCGGGGGCCCAGGCUGGGCACUGGCUCAUUCUUGCAAAUACCUCGAGGGGGAGGGGAGGGAGGGGUUAUAACUGUUUUGUUUAAUUGGAACUGGAAGAGGGAUCAUGUCCUAUUUUAUGCCCUUCCCAGAAAGAGGGAGGGAUAGCAGGAUCGCACUCCUGCACUGGCCACCGCCGCUGUCACUUGUCACACUGAGUUCACCUCCCUCGAGAGUUUGGGUAAAUUCAGAUCAGAGCUGCAGGCACACAGCCAUCCAGUGUCAGAAAAGCGAUUCACCAGUGACCGAUCUCUCCAUUCAGAAGCGUGCAGUCUUAAUGUACAGUGAUGAGAAACUGUUAUUUUAUGAUCUUUUCAUUAAAAGCUUGGUUGAAAA